CUCGGGUUUGUUGCGCGGGCACUGGAGCAGCGGUGUAACCGAUCCCAGCUGCUGCCGUGGGGGGAAACGAGCUCUAUUCCCGUCCCCCGUGGUUUGGUCACGUGUCCUUGGGGAGCGUUUUGGUUUUGGAAAGCACGUCGGGAGGGAGAAGGAGCGCGCCGUUGCGCACAGCCGAGUUGGAGAGCAACAUCUUUAACAAGCGUUAAUGAUCCGGCGGGCGGAUAAAGCAGAUCGGUUUUGUUUUGGGGCGUUGUCGUGCACACUCCGCGGCGGCGUGUGACCACACAGAUCCGGUGACACCGUGAUCCCUGACUCACUGACUCGUCAAAAACUUCUGCGCUUACGAACUGUAAUCUUUACCGCGAGCGUCACAUUGUUGCCAGCCCCUGCUACUGCUACAAGUCGACGCACGGAGCUGUCACGGAGAACCGAGGAAGAGGAACGGUGGGCUGAUACCGUAAUUUCUGUCAGCAGCAGUUGAAAAUUCAAGUGAAAGAGGAAGAGGAAAGCAAGUGGAAAAAGGUAGAGGUUAUCGGCCAGCUUCCGUGGGAUUUGAUGUCACCUUUAGAUUGGUUCAACUGAAGAUGGAAACACUGGAGUCUGAGCUGACCUGCCCGAUCUGUCUGGAGUUGUUUGAAGAUCCCCUGCUCUUGCCCUGUGCCCACAGCCUGUGCUUUAAUUGUGCCCACCGCAUCCUGGUGUCUCACUGCUCCACCAGCAAACCCCUCGAAUCCAUCUCGGCCUUUCAGUGCCCCACUUGUCGUUACGUCAUCACGCUGAAUCACCGCGGCCUGGAGGGCCUUAAGCGCAAUGUGACGCUGCAGAACAUCAUUGACCGCUUUCAAAAGGCCUCCCUUAGCGGCCCCAAUUCCCCCACUGAGAGCCGGCGUCUGCAGCCGCAGCGGCCCUACACCGCCACCAUUAGCGGUACAAUAGCUGGAACGAUUGGCGGUGGUGGUGGCACAAGUGGAGGCAGUGCCCGUGGCAGCCCAGCCACCUCCAGCCACUCCCACUCGCACGCCAACCACACCAAUCACGCCAAUCACACCAACGCAAACCACAGCCCAGCUGUUGUUGCUAAGAUGGAUCCGCGUAUCAGCUGCCAGUUCUGCGAGCAGGAUCCGCCACGUGAGGCUGUCAAGACAUGUGUCACAUGCGAGGUAUCGUACUGUGACCGCUGCCUGCGUGCAACACACCCCAACAAGAAGCCCUUCACCAGCCACCGUCUGGUGGAGCCGGUCCCAGACACCCAUAUCCGUGGCCUGACCUGCCUGGAGCACGAGAAUGAGAAAGUCAACAUGUACUGCUUGGUGGACGACCAGCUCAUUUGCGCCCUCUGCAAGCUGGUGGGACGCCACAGAGAGCACCAGGUGUCCUCGCUCACGGAGCGCUUCGACAAACUCAAGGCUUAUCAGGUGAGCCCGGGCAGAGUGUCAGAUGCGGUAAUGGAGGCUUCAAAGACAAGCGCUGCGCAAACUCUUGAGAACAACCUGACCAACCUGGUUAAGAGGAACAGUGAACUGGAGAACCAAAUGGCCAAGCUCAUCCAGAUCUGUCAGCAGGUUGAGGUUAACACAGCCAUGCAUGAAGCUAAGCUGGUGGAAGAGUGUGAUGAGUUGGUGGAGAUCAUCCGCCAGAGAAAGCAGGUCAUCGCUGUGAAGAUCAAAGAGUCCAAGGUGAUGAAACUGCGGAAGUUGGCUCAGCAGAUUGCAAACUGUCGCCAGUGUCUGGAGCGCUCCAGUGCCCUCAUCACACAGGCCGAACAGAGUUUGAAGGAGAACGACCACGCCCGCUUCCUCCAGACUGCCAGAAAUGUAGCAGAAAGGGUUGCCAUGGCAACGGCCUCCUCCCAGGUACUUAUCCCUGACGUCAACUUGAAUGAGGCGUUCGACAACUUUGCUCUUGACUUCUCGCGAGAGAAGAAGAUUCUGGAAGGACUAGAUUACCUAACAGCUCCCAACCCGCCAUCCAUAAGAGACGAGCUGUGCACCGCCUCCCAUGACACCAUCACUGUUCACUGGACGUCAGAGGACGAGUUCAGCGUCACCUCCUAUGAGCUGCAGUACACUAUCUACACUGGCCAGACUAAUUUCAUCAGUUUGUACAACUCUGCAGACAGCUGGAUGAUCGUACCGAACAUCAAGCAGAACCACUACACGGUGCACGGCUUGCAGAGUGGCACCCGUUAUAUCUUCUUUGUCAAGGCUAUCAACCAGGCAGGAAGCCGCAACAGUGAGCCGGCCCGCCUCAAAACCAACAGUCAACCCUUCAAGUUGGACCCAAAAACAGCCCACAAGAAGCUCCGUCUGUCCAAUGACUGUCUGACCAUGGAGAAGGACGAGAGCUCGCUAAAGAAGAGCCACACCCCCGAGCGUUUCAGCGGCACAGGCUCCUAUGGAGCUGCCGGUAAUGUCUUUAUUGACAGCGGGUGCCACUACUGGGAGGUGCUGCUGGGAGCAUCCACGUGGUAUGCCAUCGGCGUGGCUUACAAAUCAGCCCCAAAAAACGAAUGGAGCGGCAAGAACUCAUCCUCAUGGGUGUUCUCGCGCUGCAACAACAACUUUAUGGUGCGCCACGAUGGGAAGGAGAUGCUGGUGGAGGCGAGCCUGCAGCUGAGGCGGCUGGGCGUCCUGCUGGACUACGACAACAACUCACUGUCCUUUUAUGAUGCCAUGAAUUCCCAGCACAUUCACACCUUUGAAAUCUCCUUCCUUCUGCCAGUUGUACCCACUUUCAUGAUCUGGAACAAGUCAGUUAUGAUACUCUCAGGGCUACCUGUCCCCGAUUUUGUCGACGGUGUGGCUUCAGAUCUUCAAGAGCAACAGCAACAGCAAAUGGGCCUGUGCCGACAAGAAUCGCCGUACUUGACCGGGAUGAAGACCUGCCACUGACUGGUGCGGUGACUGAAAGGUCGAUGGUGAGCUGAAAGGUGACAAUGGAGUGACUGAGCUCUUCUCCAGUCAUUGCGAGUGAACUGGUUACUUUCUUACGGAUUUAGAAAGUGUUGAAAAUAUGCACACCAGUCUGGAAAAAUGUCAGUCCUGUUAGUUUAUGGCCAUCCAAUGUUUUUGCAGAUCCAUCAGUGAAUGGGAACAAGGUCUCUUGACUGCAAACAUCAGUGAAAUUCAUGCGAUGCCCCGGAGUCAGUGACAGAGAGCUUUGAUCAGUCAUUAGGCAGGGCUGGACUCCUGGUUUUCAGGACCAUUUAAGGUCUUCCUUUUUCUUUUGUUGUCCUCUUGAUUUGACCCUAGGCAGAAGACCAAGGUGGAAAUCCUCAUGUCAGCCACUUAAAGUGUCAAAAUGCAACAUAUGAGCAGUGAGAUGGAUUUUCGAAAAGAUUUUAAAAAGAGAAAAUACAUGACAUAAUGUAGAGGAAUCAGGACAUUAAAAUAACUGGAAUUCUGCAACUCCAGACAGUUUAAAUUGAUUUUAAAUUUCCAUAUUUCUGUUUCAUUAAGCUUAACUGAUAUGGGAAGUAAUAAGAUUUGACACAUUUUAAAUGAUCUUUUGAGUUGAAUGAGAAGAUCGAUACCGUUCUCAUGUCUGUGCACCACAUAUGAAGCUAGCACCAGCAGCCAGAUAAGCUUAAUGCAUUAAGACUGAAAACUUUAACCUUCCAGCUCCAUCAUGUAAACCUCCUAGAAGACCACAACGUGUCAAAUUGUCAUUUCUCUUUUGUUAUGGACUGACCAAACAAAGUAUUACAAAUAAAAAUGAUAAGAUUUUGAGAUGCUGCAAAGAGCCAGGAUGGGCUAGUGCGGGCCUAAAAUGAACAAAUAAAUGGUUUCUACUUUUGUGUACCAGGUGUACACUAGAACAUGCAGCCUCCAGAAGUUAGCCAUAUACUUGCACUCAAAGUUGUACAAAUGAACAAAAAAUUUCAUUUUCGCUACUUUUAUGUAAUACAAAAUUAAUUGGCAGUCAUGUAUGAAAGAAAUUCACAACCUCCAACAUUCACUUCAGUGCUAUGAGACAGAGAUUUGCUUUUGCUUCAUGCAGCAAGGUUGUGACUGACUGAUACAUUUUCCACUCAAGUUGUGGUGUAUUUACUGUAAACAAUGCAUGAAACACAAGUAUCACUGAAAGUUUAAGUAAAACUAAUUCUUAAUUUCACAAAUUAUGCAGCUGACAACAUAACCUUUUGGGAGCAAAAUGAUGCACAUUGCUUCGAUAUAAUAUGUACAUGUCAUGCUAAUGUGACAUUCACUCCCAAAACUCCAAAUACUCGAUAUAUUUAGAGUUCUAGGUCCUGGUGUACUGACGCAAUGCAACACUCAAUGACCCAAUGUCCAGACACAAGAGUGGUAUCGAUUCUCUUUUAGACCUCAGGCAAGGAAAGUAGGAUUUAAUUCUUUAAAUUUAGAUGUAUCUUCUUUGAAUCUGCUUUGCUAGAUGUUGCCAUUUUGCUAAUUCCGAUGAUUGCUCAAUGUGGACUUUCUGUGGGGCAUUACAGUAAAGUGGAUUCCAAAUAUUCUGCUGCCACUGUUCAUGUGUUGUAUCCUUAGUGGCUGUCAUUGUGGUUGUUGCUGAAGUCUUUUCCUUGAUCUUCCUCCCAGAGUUGACCCAUCAGUCCUGUUUGCAUUGAUGGGUCACAGCUUCCGAGUGUCAGGAAGUGUUAACGUUGCUCCCAGAUACUGUAUUAACAAGAUCAUAGGGGGUAGAUUUGCAUCAUGUGACUACUCGACUUGUAUAAUAAGAGGUUUAUUGAAUUCUAAAGGAGAAAAAAAAGUGUUAUUUAUGACAAAGAAGAUGGUUUACUUUUAUUGUUAAUCGCAACAUAUUCAUGAUGCACUUUUUAAUUAACACUAUUUCCCCUCUAUGAGUAUUAAAAUAGAUGGAGCUGAGUGGCAGGUUUGUACUGGGGAGGGGAAGUGACAGUUACCACUGCUGCUGGUUGUGUUAACUCACCUUUUUUUCCUGUAUAUCUUUACAAAAGAAUUUGUGAUCAGAAACUAAAUAUAAUUAUCAUAUUAAGCAUAUAAAGUUUAUUGCAAUAAAACACUGUUAAAACUUUGCCGUCAUCUUAUCUGGACACUCAAAGGUCUUUGCAAUAAAAAAUAAUUCUUUCAACACAACCAGCGACUUUCCCUCCCCAUUGCUCUUUUCAAAAGCAUAUAACAAAAGUAUCUUGUUUAGAAAAGGGAUAUGAUUAUGAUGAUGUUUAUGGGAUUUUUUCAUCACAAUGAUGUGAUGAUGAACUAAUAACUGUUUUAAGAAGUUCACUCUGUUGUUGACUUUUUCAGGGAAGGAGGGAGUUAACACUUAACUUUGCUGUCUGUCGCGACGUCAUGGCAUGAUUGUGUUUUUCCUCUGUGAUUUGUUAACACACACAUAUGCACAUACACACCCACACACCCACACAUGUUCCGUUUAGGUUGGCCUUGUCGUGGUAAAUGCAUGAUACAUUGUAGGAUCCCACGAUUCACUGGGUAGUUUAAGUAACUCUUUCAAGUUUGUUUACCAAAUCUUGUUUUCCGGACAUUUUCUUAAAACAGGCUUGACCUCAAACUGUUUUUGUCCUCCAUAACUAUUUAACUAAUAGCUGUUGCUGGAGCCAUUGCUUGCUUUUUGUUUGGAUUUGAAGGCCUCGUGUGGGCAUCGGUGGUUUGAUAUUCAGGUAGCGGCACUGAUUCAGACAAUCAAAUACGUGUGUGAUAGGUUGUGAUGAUUUAAGAGUUGUAUCACAGGAAAAGUGCAGAGAGAUUGUGACACUGGAGGCUGUGUUUGGAAAAAAGAUUAUUAUCAUAGUUUUGACGUGGAAAUCCUUACACCUCGUGGCUAUUUUCACUCCCUGAACUCAUCACCAGGUUUGUGCUUAAUGUUAACUGUCAUCUAGCAUUUCUGUUCUGACAGGCUGCGGUUUCAUUGUCUUAAAAAAAGCAGGAAAGCCCUGCAAACUCAUACUUAUUUAAAUCAUUUUCUCGUAGCUUUAAAAAGCAAACUCUGCAGAGGCAAAGCAGUGAGGAUCUGACAUGCAAUGGCUGACAAUAUCUGUGCACCUUUCAACCUGCAGUGUUCAUUUAUGGAGACUGAAUGAUGCAUCAGUCUUGAUUAUUUGAUGAAGAUGUCCAUUACAGUGAUAAUCCACUGGUCAGAGGUAGCAGGGGGAGCUCCAGAAUGAGGAGGAGGGUGUUUUUUUGUUUGUUUGUUUUUUCCGUCAGGGAGAUUACUGAAUGUUACCUGAUUUCCGGAUGUCCAUCCAUAUCCACCCAGUCUCAGAACGAUCAAGUUUUGAUUUGUGAUCUGGAACGACAAGCUCAACUCAUCUGUGCAAGUGUGCUUGGCUGGGUCACUGCAUGAUUACGUGACCUUGCUACAGGUUCGUAACUCUUUCCUUAUCUUCAUGAUGGGGUUUUUUAUCUAGUCGAACAUAUUCUCUCUUCUCUUUUUUUGUUUUCUUUUUUACAAUGGAAAAAAAGAACAUGACAGAAACAGUCACACAACGUUUCAUUGCCAUGCAUAUCAGAUCGUUUGCAGUGCUCUUUUUUUGUGUCACAAGUCAAUACAGUAAAAUAUAUACGGUGAAUGAUUUUCAAUAGCUACCCACUCCUUGUAGUGCAGUGUAAUACCCUAGAGACAAUGCAAUAGAUUCUCCUUUUUGCUUUUCUGUUUGUGUAACUUGGGAAAUUGUUAUUUUUUGUUUGUUUUUUACAACUCAAGAGAAAUGCGCUCCUCUCCUUUGGCAUUUGGACCUUGAUGAACAGCACAAAAAGAGCAGUUUUGCCUUCAUGCAAUGCUUUCUGUUUCCAUAGAUAUAACUGAGAUAAUUUUAGCCAGAGAGGAAUGUAAAUCAUAGGGGGAAAUAUAUAUUAUAUAAAGUUGUAUAAUAUACAAAAUAUAUAUGAACCAAUGUUAUUUAUGUGAAUUUAAGUCCAAUUAAAAGUCUGAUCCCAAAA